AAUUCGUACCACCAAAAUCGGCCUCGUUUAAACCCCCGUCGGAGUCAAAGGCUUAAAUAGCAACGCCCCAUUUAAACCUCCUUCCGUUUUCCUAAUCCUCAGUCAAACAAAACCACACCGUCGCCAUGGCAGCCAAACUGAGUCGCAGUUGGUCUUUCUUCAGAGGAAAGCAGGAGGAGACCAACAAGAAUUAUCUCCACGAGGAUUUCCAGCCUCAGGAGCCGCACUUUCGGGUGAAUCUGCAGCAGCGGUUUAAAAGGGACGAGAAAAUGGCGUCCAUGAGGAACCGGCCGCUGCCUCCUCUGCCAACUGCACGUGGAGGAUUCACGUCAUUGUCCAAACAUGCCGAGGAACCCCAAGCUCACUCUCAGACCAGUCACGGCAGCAGACAAAAUUGCAGUGGUAACCAGAGCACACAGCAGCCCAAUGGACAGCCCUCCGCCACAACCACCAGCACCUCCAAUUUCCGCUGCCGUCAGCCACUCUCCAACCUUCCCUCGGGGGUGCUUCCUCUCUCGACGGAUAUUGUGAACCAAGUGCGACCCCGAGCCAACAGAAUGAUCCAGGAGGGAGGGAAGAAGGUGAACCGCGCUCUCCAGGGAGUCAGGACUUCACUGUCAUCAUUCACGCAGAUGUUCCGCAACUCAACGCGCCGCAGGUACAAGCUGGAUGCCAAGACCCCCACCCACACCCCAAAGCACAGCUCGAACCGCACCCCGAGAAAGACCCCAGGCAAGCUCUACUCGCCCUUCAACGUGACCACGCCCGUCACGCCCCACAGCUACUUCAAGGCUCCCAAGCGCCUCCAAAACGGUACUCCCAGAAGGAAUGCCCAAGGAAAUGAGAAUCUUCCCCGAGCCAUCACGCCCCAGGCCAACAGAGCGCCCCUUGUGAGUCCCAACCAGUGGACGCAGUUUCACUCUCCGUCGCAGAAGUUUGAUCGCGACGUCUUGGCCAUGCGGAGUGGAAUGCAGGACUUCGAGUGUGUGACGACAAGAAUACUGAGGAAUGGAAAAUUGCAUUAAGAGAAUCAUGCUUUUUUUAUUUAUUAUUUUUUUUUUUUUUAUUGUUAACAAAAUUUGUUGAUUGCUUUUGCACAAAAUUUAUUUGGUUUGUAUGUUUGCCAAAGGUCUAGGGAGCCAAAGUAAUUAGUGGUUUGUGAUAUGCAAGCACUGCAGUAUUAUAUCUGGAGAGAUUUAUUUUUUAAGUCAUGAGGAAUCUCAUUAUUUUAGGUAUAUUUUCAUUAUAUUUUCUCAAAAUAUGAAAUGACAGGAAAUGUGAAUAAAGUCAGGAGGAGACUAGCAGUUCCUAAUCUUGGUAAUUAACUCCUGUUCAAAGACGUUCAUUUCAGUACUGUGUGAUUUAAUAGUCUUUACCGAGUGAAGAUUUGUUCACAGUUGGCUUGUAACGAGCAACAUUUCCCACCGACCCUUGUAUUCUCCACUGUGUACGACUAUGGGUUUAGUUUUUAUGUUAAUAUAUUUUUUAUUUACUUAAUUAGAAAAGAGGAAAAGAGGAUAAGAAAGCAUUUGAACUUAAGGGGAACUGAUGAUUCAGAAUGGCUUUUUUUUUUUUUAUAUUUUAUAUAUUUUUUAACACUUGUUUUUUGUAUAUAUGCACAUACAUAUACAUGUUUAAAUAGGUGUAUAUAUACAUGUAGUAUAUAGGUAGAUAUAUAUAUAUAUAUACAUAUAUAACCUUGGGUAAAUGCAUGCAUAGAACCAUGCACACUAAACUGUAUGAAAUUAUUAUAUGCAGAUAGUGUGUUUAGUAAUGAUUUUUUUCUCUUUUUCUCUCUUCUUUCAUAUGUAUGCAUAUGAUUUCAAUUUACUUGAAAUUGCAUAUAUUUGAUAUGCAGCUAUAUUCAGCCUCACACGAGGCUUUGUUUAUAAUUUCUCAUUGUGACAAUGUAAAAUGAAUCUCAUUAUAUUAUUUGAAUUCAUAUUUUAUUUUUAAGUUAUUGCUUCAUUUCCAGAAGUCUAUUUUGUGAUAUUAUGUUACCAUGCUAUUUUUGCUCUCUAACAGUAUUACUGUGUUACCUGAGUAAUUACCUGAAUUAUGUUACUGUUUUUUAGAAUAAUUUAUAUCUACUUAACCCAAGUAACAUUGAGCCCAGCACUGUAACAUGUAUACUAACAUGAAAUAAACCACAUCCACAGUGAUGUCUGUCUCAUAUUAUUGUGGCCAGGUUUCAUGUUUUUAAAUCCUUAAUUCUUCCUGUGUUGACAAAAAUCUAAAAUUUUGUAGACAGUAAUGCUUUGGAAAUUCCAAAAAGUUUCAUUAUUUCAAAAUGACUCUUAAUGACUGUAUCAGCUGUGAAGUUCUUCCACUGUAUAAUACAUUAUCAUCAAUGUAGACAGAUUUGUAGUUACAGGUAUAUUAAAACCUAGUGCAUAAAUUAAUAAAUAUUUUAAUAAUCCACUUUACAACAAGUCAACAAUAAAGAACUAUAUAGUAGGUAUUAAAAAAAUUGCAAUGUAUGUAAUAUCUCCCAUGCCACUUCAUUCCACUCCUUUUUGCCUUAAAUUGCUAAAAUGGCAGAUUUCAAUGUCUCAUCUGUCAAUAGUGUGAUAUGGGGGGUGGGGGAAUCUUUUUUCAUUUCAAUAAAUUUCUUGCACGCUUCCUGUUGAAAUUGUAAUAUCACCCCUCCCCCUUAGAUAUAAUAAAAAAAAUAAA